AUGGACUUAGAACAGAAGACAAGAGGACUUGGCAAGUCAUGUGCCCUUCUCAUAGUGAUUGCGGGAAUGGAGAGAUAUGCAUUCAAAGGAGUUGCAUCAAAUUUAGUGACAUAUCUAACUGAUGUAGUGAAGAUGAGUAAUUCAAGAGCAGCUAAAACAGUUAACACUUGGGCUGGUUUCACUUCUAUGUUGCCUCUCUUCUCUGCUCCUUUGGCUGAUGCUUAUUGGGACAGAUUCUUCACUAUCCUUGCUUCUUCUUCUAUCUACUUUGUGGGGCUAGUGGGAUUGACAUGGACGGCAUUUGCUGGGUCACGUUCAGCUACUAAGACCAUCUCUACUUAUUUUCUCUACUCUUCACUAUGUCUUGUCUCAAUCGGUUUAGGCGUCUUAAACCCUUCUCUUCAAGCCUUUGGUGCGGACCAGCUAGACCACGAACUCGAUAAGGAUUCCGAGCUUCCCUCGGGUGAUCAAAAGGACGCUAAAGCUACCCAAAAGACUCAGUUUUUCCAAUGGUGGUACUUUGGUGUCUGCACUGGAAGCCUUAUGGGUGUAACAGUCAUGGCUUAUAUUCAAGACACUUUUGGUUGGGUCCUCGGUUUUGCUAUUCCAGGAAUCGCAAUGUUCCUGUUGAUCUUGUUGUUCUUGUCGGGUUGCGGAAUCUAUGUUUAUGGUCCUGGUACCGGUUUGAAGAUGAAAAAAACUACUACACCUUUUGAGAAGAUUCUUAAGUUCAUCAAAGGGAGAGUUGUGAAGCAGAGAAGUAAAUUUACACUUGUAGAUGAUGAUGAUUUGGAUGCUAUGGAGCUUGAGUUACAAGAGAGGCCUCUCUGUAAAUGUGAUAGCACUGAGAUGGAAGACAUUGAGACUUCUUCAACAGCCACCAAAGGAUUGGAAGAUGAAGAAAGCUCGAAAACUGUUUUCUCUGGACUUGACAACGUCAAGUUAGUGCUUCGCCUUUUACCCAUAUGGACGAUGCUUCUCAUGUUUGCUGUUAUCUUCCAGCUACCAGCGACCUUUUUCACCAAACAAGGUAUGACUAUGAAGCGAAACAUCGGGUCCAGCUUCAAAAUCCCACCCGCGACCCUGCAAAGCACGAUCACGUUAUCUAUCAUCCUUCUUAUGCCAUUAUACGAUAAAAUUCUGAUACCUAUUACCAAGAGAAUCAAGAACAAUAGUAAAGGUAUCUCCGUGAUGGAGAGAAUGGGAGCUGGAAUGUUCCUAUCGAUCAUUGCCAUUGUUAUUGCGGCAUUAGUCGAAAGGAAAAGACUGGACAUAAGCCAAAAGAUGAAGUCCUUACUUGAUUAUAAACCGGAAACAGUCCCGAUGAGCAUCUUCUGGUUGCUACCUCAGUAUAUCCUCUUGGGAAUCUCGGAUAUUUUCACAGUCGUUGGGAUGCAAGAGUUUUUCUACAGCGAGGUUCCGGUUAGAAUGAGAACAAUGGGAUUUGCUCUCUACACAAGCGUCUUUGGUGUUGGAAGCUUUGUGAGCGCCGCGCUUAUCUCAAUCGUCGAGGCUUAUUCUUGCUCAACAGGUGACCACCAAAGCUGGUUCGCGGAUGAUAUGUCGGAAGCUCGGCUUGACAAAUACUACUGGCUUCUUGCUCUUACAAGUACAAUAAGCUUUGUGAUCUACAUAGUUCUAUGCAAGUACUUCAAGAGUAGCAGCGAUCAAGGAGGUGAAGAAGAAGAAGCCGCUAAAUGA